GUAAGUAUAAAUAUACUAUGCUACAGUACGUACUUUCUUGCCUAAUAAGAAAAUUCACCGGCCGGCCUUGUUCACACCUCUGUUCCAUCCUUCUAUAAAUCAAGCCAAUAACGUACCCAGAAUAGAGACACACACUCACUGAUUAACACAUAAUUUGUACACACAGAGAUGGCAGAAGUAAAGGUUUUAGGUGGUUGGGCAAGCCCUUUUAGUGCUAGAGUUGAGCUUGCUCUCAAACUGAAGGGAGUUGAAUAUGAAUUCAUACAACAAGAUCUCUCCAACAAGAGCCCCUUGCUUCUCAAAUCCAACCCUGUCCACAAGAAAAUCCCUGUCCUCUUGCACAACGGAAACCCAAUCGCUGAGUCCCUUGUCAUUCUCGAGUAUAUCGACGACACUUUUCCGGGGGCUCCCAUUUUGCCCAAAGAUCCUUACGAGAGAGCCUUGGCUCGUUUCUGGGCUAAGUUCAUAGACGAUAAGUUCUUCCCUGCAACUAUGAAAGUACGAUCUACCAAAGGCGAGGAGCAAGAGAAGGCAAAAGAGGAAGUUGGUGAGCUUCUGAAAGUUCUGGACAAUGAAUUGAAGAAGAAGAAAUUCUUGGGAGGGGAGACGAUCGGACUUGCAGAUAUAGCGGGCAAUUUCGUUGCUGUAUGGGUUGGAGUUGUGGAAGAAGUUAUGGGGGUGGAUCUGGGCGUGACCGAAGAAAAAUUCCCUCAUUUAUGUCGGUGGAAACAGGAUUUCCUCAACUGCCAUGUAAUUAAGGAGACUUUACCUUCUAGAGAUAAACUUGUUGCCUAUUUCAGCAAGCUACUCAAGCCAGCAGCUGCAACUGCUUCUCAGUAAACAUUUGUUUUAGAUUGAAAAGUUUGUACUGGAAGAGUCGUAAUAAAAUGAAUGUCAAGGUCUCAUAUAGUCAGAUCUGUUGUAAGUUGUAACACUUGCUUCAGUUGCUUGUUUAUUAUUAAUAAAAUAAUGAGGUAAGGCCAUGGACUUUACUCUUUAUUUGUUUUUUUUUUUUGGAA